CCUCGCAGGCCAGGAGACCAGCUGCCUCACCAUGAGAUUUCUAGUCCUCUACAGCCUCAUCUGCAUCUUGCUGCUCUGUGUCUCCAUCUUCUCCGGGGAAGCCACAGGGAAAAGGCUUCGGACCAAGAUACGGAAAUCCAGGCCCUGCUGCCGCCAAGCUCCAGGCUUUAACCUGAAAAGGAACGGCACCAGGCUGUGCAGACCUUGCAGGCUCAAGACAACACCACAGUCCUGGGUAGUGCCUGGGGCUCUUCCGCUGAUGUAGCACCCAGACCACCUCCGUGCAGCUGAGAACCUACUGCCCAGACCAUGACACCAGAAGCCUAAGCUCGCCUCUCUCCGCCUGAGCAUCAGUAAGCAGCGAUUGUGCAGGGCCUCAUCACAGGAACAAGAGCACCACGGAGUGCAGAACCCCUCCAGGUCCUGGUCCACACAAGCCGGGCUCUGCUGAGUGGCUCCAGGACCUAUCAGUGUGGCAGUCAACAAAUCCACCAUGACCCAUAGCGGCUACAGAUUCAGACACAUGCCAAGUCCCCCAGACACUAGGGCAGCAGGACCCAGGGCAGUCGGCUAGGACUUCAGUCUCAGCAGUCCUCAGAGGCACAAGACCCCCCACCCAGCUUCCUGACCUGUGUCAGAUGGAGAGAAGCCCCGAGCAAACACAUAAUCAAUAAAC